AUGGACGCGUUCUCGAGGAGUCGGUACUGGACCCGGGGCUGGACGUUGCAGGAGCUGAUUGCGCCGCCGGAGGUGGAGUUUUUCGAUCGCCGGUGGAAGUUUGUCAAUUCGAGGACGUCUGCUGCGGCUCAUGUUGCGCGCAUUACCGGGAUUGAUGCCAGCCUGUUGGCGUCCCCGGGUCGAGGCGAUCUUGCGCAGGCGCUCGCGAGCUACAGUGUAGCGGAACGUUUGUCAUGGGCCGCCGGCCGAGUGACGACCCGUGUGGAAGACAGUGCUUACUCCCUGUUCGGUCUGUUCGGUGUCAACAUGCCACUGCUCUACGGGGAGGGCAGCGCGGCAUUCGAACGUCUCCAACAGGAGAUCCUGCGAGCUACGGCUGAUCUGUCCAUACUCGCUUGGUCGAGCGACCCUGAGCAUGGCUUGACGCCCCUGGCGAGGUCGGCGAGGAACUUCAGCAAUAGCCGGGUCGUUGUCAGAGCAGAUGCCCUCCCCUUCGCAGCUGGGUCUGAGGACAGCGAUACUGCAAUGUCAACUGGAGGCUUGCGAUGUCGUUAUCAAUCCGACAUAACAGCAAUCCUCGCCCUCAAGCUAACCGCAUCAUCCCCCUCAACCCAAAUCGACCUCCAGGCGCUCAUGAAACAAGACCGCAUCGAAUGCAGCGUAGGCUGGUCCAGCGAGCCCGGCCAACAACGCCUCGUCCCAGUAGACGUCCUCGACGCCGCCGACACCUCCCACAUCAAAACCCUCUUCAUCAGACGGAACCGUGUAGAAAGCACCGAUCACCCCUCCGCCUUCCUCUCACGCCCCCGAGGAUGGACCACACUCUGGCUGCGCAUCGACAAGUCCCUCUCAACCCACGACUGGGAAGUCCUGAACAUGUAUCCGCGCGCCUUCUGGAACCGCGCGAACUACACCUUCGACCUCGCCCGAGCCCGCGAGGAGCGCAUGCGCAGCGACGAAACCGCCGCCGCAGGCGAUCCCCUCUCGACGUUCGGUCUCCCCAUCUCCGCCGCCAUAGCCAUAAGCAAUAAGCACCGCGACCGAGUCGCUGUCUUUUUCACCCAACACAGCCCCUCGCUCGACGACGGUAUCGAGUUCGAAGUCGGGCCCUAUGAGAACGAAGAAUCAUUCCUCGGCCAUGACUUUGGUCGGACAAAAACAACGGAAUCGAGACAAAAGCUUUCCUUGAGCACAAUCGACAUCACCAGCAGCAACCUGCCCGCGACGCUUUCUUUCGACCUUCGCGCCGUGCAAAUCUCGGGGCUUAAUGUUGCGGUUUUGGCGGUGUCGAUUGCGCCGCCGCCUUCUUCUUCUGCUCAGGACAAGAAGACCCAUCACGGUUUGCAUGGCAUGAGUCGUGUUCGUGGGCCACUGCAUUUGCUCAAGAAGCAUCGCGAGGAGUUGUCGUCCUCGAGUAUUUGA